AUGGCAGCACGCAACACUCUCCGCCGGUCCUUGCUCUACGUCCCCGGAUCUUCACAGCGCUUCCUCGACAAAUCCCGCUCUCUAACCGCCGACUGUAUCGCCUAUGACCUCGAAGACAGCGUCACUCCGCACAUGAAAGCGGAGGCCCGCUCGCUGGUGCGGAGAGCCAUCGACCAGCCCGCGCCCUCGGGCAUCCGGGAGCGAGCAGUGCGCAUCAACUCCGUCGACAGCGGGCUGGCGCUGGGUGAUCUAACCGAAGUGCUCCAAUCGCCGAACUUAUCCACCAUCGUCAUCCCCAAAGUGAACUCCGCCUCGGACCUAACCUUCGUCACAGACGUGGUGAACCAUACCCUCUCCCAGCAAUCCACCACCUCCGCAGUCCCAAGGACCCCAAUCUCCCUGCUCGCACUCAUCGAAUCUGCCAAAUCACUCACAAACCUAUCCCAAAUCUGCGCCGCAACCCCCCUCCUCCAAGGCCUCGUCUUCGCCGCCGAAGAUUUCGCGCUAGACCUCAGCAUAACGCGCACGCCCUCACUAACAGAAUUUCUAUUCGCGCGCUCCGCAAUCGCAACGGCCGCCCGCGCCGCGAACCUCCCCUCAACAAUUGACCUAGUCUGCACGGCGUACAAAUCCGAUAAGGGCGAUGGAUCGCCUCCCGCCGCGCUGGAGGAGGAGUGUCGCGACGGAAGGAGGUUGGGGUUUAAUGGGAAGCAGUGUAUUCAUCCGACGCAGGUGAGGACGGCGAAUGAGAUCUUUGGGCCGGACGCUGAGGAGACGGUUUGGGCGAUGCGUGUUGUUAUUGCGGAUGAGAAGGCGGCCAAGAGUGGGCGUGGGGCGUGGACGCUUGAUGGGAAGAUGAUUGAUGUGCCUGUUGCGCAUAAGGCAAGGGCGAUUGUUACCAAGGCGGAGGCUUGUGGGGUUGAUGUUUCUGCGCUGAGGGAGGAAUGGAUGCACCAGGAGCCCGAGUAG